AUGUCUUCCCCGGCAAACAGGAGGAGUCGCUCCUCUAAACAAGCGACUGCCUCGCCAGCCUCUUCUUUGGCUCGUGAACCUCCCAGCAGCCCAACCCAACAGACAACGCCCCGCGCAGCCAGACGGCUUGCGGCCGAACGAAAUGUGCCAUCCUCUUCACCUAUGUUCUUCCAAUCGUCGCCAACGAGAAGCAAUCGAGGCGCAGAGACCCCUGAUGUUCGCAUGGCAGAGGCCAGCUCCACAGUUGAUGACGGCGAGCGAACCCCUCGUGCGGCAGGAAUUCGAGACUCCUCUCCUAUCAACUAUAUCCCCAGCUCUAGUCCUACCAGGGGCUUCGGUCGAUCUGAUGUUCGCUCCGACAUUCGAUCCGAUAUUCGAUCGGACGCACACAGCAUAAGCAGUGGUCUGUUUGUGUCACCCAGUGGUCAAGGCCGUCGGGGCGCUCCCCGUCGAAGUGAUAUCCACACUGGUGGUUACGGAUCGACUCCCUCGCGCAGAAACCGAGUCUUCGUGGGCGCCGACGGGCUCCCUUCCGGUGACAAUGUCGCUCGAUCAGAUGCUACCUUCUCAAACAUUAACCCAGGCACCUCUGAGGCAGAGGCUAUGGCCGGUAACUCAUCCCGUGUCAUCUGGGGUACCAACAUCUCCAUUCAGGAUUCUAUGUCCGCCUUCAAGAAUUUCCUCUAUAACUUCGCCACAAAAUACCGCCUGUGGGCCGACGGUGCUUCCGAGGACGAGACUCGACUUUUGGGAGGCUCAGCCGAGAAACGUGAAUACAUUAACAUGCUAAAUGAUAUGCGACGACUUGGUCUAACUACUUUCAACCUCGAUGCCAAGAAUCUCAAAUCUUAUCCCCUUACACAGAAGCUCUGGCACCAGCUACUCGCUUACCCUCAGGAAAUCAUUCCAUUGAUGGAUCAGACUGUCAAAGAUGUUAUGGUUGACCUGGCCCUUAAGGAAAUGGAUGUCUUGCGUUCAGAGACCCAACGCGGGGCUCAAGGCCGCCAUGGCCAAUCCAUUCUCACAUCCGAUGGAAUAGUUCCCCAGGCGGAUGUGCCUGAUCUGGUUGGCGAAGUUGAAGCUAUGUCUUACAAAGUGCUUCCAUUUGGUUUGGAUCAGACUGUGAAUAUGAGAGAUCUUGACCCAGCUGACAUGGAUAAGUUGGUCAGUAUUAAGGGUCUUGUCAUUCGUGCCACUCCUGUGAUUCCUGACAUGAAAGAGGCAUUCUUCCGGUGCAAUACCUGUAGUUUUGGUGUUCAAGUUGACAUUGAUCGAGGUCGCAUUCAGGAACCCACUGUCUGCCCUCGAGAUGCGUGCAAGUCCAAAAAUUCCAUGCAACUUCAACACAACCGAUGUUCUUUCUCCGACAAGCAGGUUAUCAAACUCCAGGAAACACCUGACAAUGUCCCAGAUGGUCAAACUCCUCACUCUGUUUCUCUUUGUGUGUACGAUGAGUUGGUCGACGUUUGCAAGGCUGGUGACCGAGUCGAGGUGACUGGUAUCUUCCGCUGUAACCCGAUGCGUGUUAGCGCUCGUCAGCGUUCUCAGAAGGCCCUCUUCAAGACCUAUAUCGAUGUUCUUCACGUUCAAAAGGUCGACCGCAAGAAGAUGGGAAUAGACACCUCAACUGUUGAACAAGAGAUGUCCGAGCAGGCGGCUGAGGCUGACCAGGCCCGCAAGAUCUCUGCCGAGGAGGAAGAGAAAAUUAAGUUGACCGCUGCUCGCCCUGAUGUGUACGAAUUGCUGGCUCGGUCACUUGCUCCCAGUAUUUACGAGGCGGAUGAUGUCAAGAAGGGUAUCUUGCUCCAGCUAUUUGGUGGUACAAACAAAACCUUCCAGAAAGGUGGUAACCCCCGCUACCGUGGAGAUAUCAACAUCCUCCUGUGUGGUGACCCUUCAACUGCCAAGUCCCAAUUGUUGCGUUAUGUACACAAGAUCGCCCCUCGUGGUGUUUACACCAGUGGUAAGGGUUCGUCUGCUGUUGGUCUUACUGCCUAUGUGACUCGCGAUCCCGAGACUCGCCAAAUGGUACUGGAGUCCGGAGCCCUGGUCCUGUCCGAUGGUGGUACUUGCUGCAUUGACGAGUUUGAUAAGAUGAAUGAAGCCACACGGUCCGUGCUGCACGAAGUGAUGGAGCAGCAGACUGUAUCCAUUGCCAAGGCCGGUAUCAUCACCACAUUGAAUGCCCGAACAUCAAUUUUGGCAUCCGCCAACCCCAUCGGCAGUCGCUAUAACCCCAAGCUGCCAGUGCCUCAAAAUAUUGACCUCCCUCCUACUCUGCUUUCUCGUUUCGACCUUGUUUACUUGGUUCUGGACCGCGUGGAUGAGACCGAGGAUCGUCGCUUGGCGAAGCACUUGGUGGGCAUGUAUCUGGAAGACGCCCCCGAGAAUGGAAGCUCAGAGGAGAUUUUGCCUAUCGAGUUCCUUACUGCCUACAUUACAUACGCCAAGACCAAGAUCAACCCCGUUUUGACUCCUGCAGCUGGUACCGCACUGGCCGAUGCCUAUGUCGCUAUGCGUCAAUUAGGUGACGAUAUUCGCGCCACUGAGCGCCGUAUCACCGCAACCACUCGACAACUGGAGUCCAUGAUUCGUCUUUCCGAGGCACAUGCCCGUAUGCGCUUGUCGGAAGAAGUCACCCCCUCCGAUGUUGAGGAGGCCGUGCGUCUGAUUCGCUCUGCCAUUAAGCAGGCUGCCACCGAUUCUCGCACUGGUCUCAUUGACAUGGGCUUGCUCACCGAGGGUACGAGUGCCAGCGAGCGCCGUAUGCGCGAGGAUCUCAAGAAGGCCCUACUGGCCCGUCUGGAUGACCGUUCUGGUGUGAACAACGCCCCAGUGCGAUGGACGGAUCUCUUCCGCGAUAUGGGUGAACAGAGUGACAUUCAGAUCGAGCACCAGCAGUUUAGCGAUGCGAUUCGGUCGCUCGAGGCUGAGGGUGCCGUGAACGUCUUGGGUGAGGGUCCACGACGCAGCAUCCGCCGGGCGGCGAUGGGAAUGUCUUGA